CUGUCUGUCUCUGCUUCGUUCUGUCCAAGAUUUCGUAAUUUUACUGAUUCCCACAACUUCAAACCAAGCUUCUCCCUCUCUCUCUCUCUCUCUCUCUUCUUGUUUUAAAAUUUUUCUCGAUCGAAUUUCUGAGCCACAAUGUGUCCAACUGGUGCAUCUUUGAAGCCAAAAGACAUGGCGACGACGACAUGCAAAGAUUUCAAGCUGGCUUUCGACGUGCUUGAUGUGGACCACGACGGCAAGAUUAGCUGCGAGGAUUUGAAAAUGUUUUACGCACGAUAUGGUAAAAAUAGCAGCGGGGACGAUGAAGCCAUCAAAGCUAUGAUCUCUGCAGCGGAUUUUAACAAAGAUGGGUACAUUGAGUAUGAUGAGUUUGAAAGAGUUUUGACUUACGGAGGGAAGAGACACGGCGGUGGUUGUGGUGGGGUUAUGGAGGAGGUGUUUAGGAUUAUGGAUAAGGAUGGUGAUGGAAGAUUGAGCGUGAAUGAUUUGAAGAGUUACAUGAAGCGGGCUGGUUUUAAUGCAAGUGAUGAGGAUAUCAAGGCUAUGAUUAAAGUGGGUGGUGGCGAUGAAUUUGAAGGUGUUUCUUUUGAUGGUUUGCUUAAGAUUUUAGCCGUGGAUCAGAUUGGUUGGUCAACUUUUUGAUUAUUUUUGGCUACUGUUACUAUUAGCUUAAACUUGAUGAAGGAAUAAUCAAUUUUCCUCUUGUCGUGUAAUUUUCUUGUUUGCAACAACCAACUGGGAGAAUUCAUCUUUUUGUUUGUUUA